CCCGAGGGAAAAGAGAAGCCAGCGGUGUAUAUCGACGGGGCACAGUUCGGCGGAGACUAGAGUGAAGCGCACGGAAGCGGAAGCGCAUUGAUACUGUGUUAGUAGCCUGGCAGGGUCCCGGUGUAUGUGAGGAGGCCCCUUAGGUCCUGCCGCGACAGCUCCGUCUGCUCAGGCUCUGCAUUUAUUUGAAGACACUGCUCUAGUUGGAUUACAGCUAAACAUCUUUUUAACUGAUUGGAUGUCCCAAGAGGAAUUUGCGAAUGGGAUGAAUCUGCUGCUGCUGAGCCCUUGUCUUCAGCUCAGUGAAUAACAUUAUCCAACGGGUGGACUUACCUAGUUAUGUUUCCAUUUUCCCAACACCCUAUUUGAGUUUGCUUGUCUUCAAAAAGAAUUCAAAGUGGAGUACCGCAAACUUGAUAUGGAUGGCAAGAAGAAAGACAAGGACAAACCUGAUGAGAGAAUGGCCCGACCAAGUGGCCGUUCAGGUCACAACACACGUGGUACUGGAUCUUCGAACUCUGGCGUAUUAAUGGUCGGGCCUAAUUUUAGAGUUGGAAAAAAAAUUGGUUGUGGCAAUUUUGGAGAACUCCGAUUAGGAAAAAACCUGUACACAAAUGAAUAUGUGGCAAUUAAAUUGGAACCAAUGAAAUCCAGAGCGCCACAACUACAUUUGGAAUACAGGUUCUACAAGCAACUAGGAUCUGGAGAUGGUGUACCUCAGGUUUACUAUUUUGGCCCUUGUGGUAAAUACAAUGCCAUGGUGCUAGAGCUACUAGGCCCAAGCUUGGAAGAUUUGUUUGAUUUGUGCGACCGAACAUUUUCCCUCAAGACAGUUCUUAUGAUAGCCAUACAGUUGAUAUCCCGCAUGGAAUAUGUUCACGCCAAGAAUUUGAUCUAUAGAGACGUAAAACCUGAAAACUUCUUGAUAGGUCGACCAGGAAACAAGAACCAGCAAAUAAUUCACAUUAUAGAUUUUGGAUUAGCAAAAGAAUACAUAGAUCCAGAAACAAAGAAGCACAUACCAUACAGAGAACACAAGAGCCUUACGGGAACUGCUAGAUACAUGAGUAUUAAUACACAUUUAGGAAAAGAGCAAAGUAGAAGAGAUGAUUUAGAAGCAUUAGGACAUAUGUUCAUGUAUUUCCUGCGAGGUAGCUUACCGUGGCAAGGCUUGAAGGCUGACACAUUAAAAGAAAGAUAUCAAAAAAUUGGAGACACAAAGAGAGCAACACCAAUUGAAGUGCUUUGUGAGAACUUCCCAGAAGAGAUGGCGACAUAUUUACGCUAUGUGAGAAGACUAGACUUUUUUGAGAAACCUGACUAUGACUACUUAAGAAAACUUUUUACUGAUUUGUUUGAUCGUAAAGGAUAUAUGUUUGAUUAUGAAUAUGACUGGAUUGGAAAACAGCUGCCUACGCCUGUUGGACCUAUUCAUGCAGACCCUGCACUUUCAUCAAACAGAGAAGCACACCAACACAGAGAUAAAAUGCAGCAAGCCAAAAAUCAGGUUGUAAGUUCUACAAAUGGUGAGCUAAACACCGACGAUCCAACAGCAGGGCACUCAAAUGCACCAAUCACAGCCCCAGCAGAAGUGGAAGUCCUAGAUGAAACAAACUGCCAGAAAGUGUUGAACAUGUGGUGCUGUUGCUUUUUCAAGAGAAGGAAAAGGAAAACUAUUCAACGCCACAAAUGACUCUGGAAACGUACAGACCAUGGGGAAUUACUUACUUGUUCAUCUGUUGUCUAGUGAAAAAAAAAAAUCAUCUCAGCAACGACCACAUCUUUCUUUUCUACCCUUUUCCAGAAAACGAUCAUGUUUCCAUGCUUUAGUUUGGUUGUUUUACAUUCUUUAUUUCAAUGUCUAGAAGCUUUAAAAUGUUGUCAGUAUAGGAUGAUUUCAGUGGACCAAUGACAUGGUACAAACAAUUGCUGUCUUCAGCCAAGUACAGUUACACCAUCUUGUCCGUUGCAAAGCUGAAAAUAUUUACAAACAAAUAGUGGGGGGAAAAAAGUUUGCUAAAGCUUUAAAAUAACACGCUAAAGUCUUACUCCGACAUUGGCACACUAUUACUGGAAUGGUACUGCAAUAAUUAGUCCUUAGCAUUACCUUUCUCUAUAUCAUAGAAUGGUACAGCCACUGCCCAGAGCUACAGAGAAGAUCAGCGUUCGGAAUUGAUUGAAACUGUGUAAAUGUGCAACAACUGUCUGCGGCAAAAAAAUUAGCAUUGUACCUCUGGCAGGGAUAGAGAGAAGCAGAAGCAUUUAUAAUUGUGCAACAUCUUAAAUAUAUAUGCUGUAACAUUUGCUUCAUGGUAAUGUGGUUAGACAACAUGAGUAAAAACUUCCACGGUCGAUGAAUUAUAUGUAACAUAUAUGUGAAGAAGGAAAAAAAAAA